CCCCAAUCUCCUACCCCCUCGACGGAACCCUAACCCUAGAUUGGAUCCAAACCCAAACCUCCGCCCUAAACCACUCUUAUCGAAACCUCCCCGCAUCUUCUCGUGACCCCUAUCUCUCUCUCUCGUGACCUUAUCCGCUUCACAAACCCCCAUGACCCCAAGACGACAAGACCCCAUCCAGAUCCCCAAAUUUCACAUCUCCCUCUCCCCCCUCCAAGACCCUCCCUCCUCCAUCUCUCGAAUCGUGGCCGCUGUAGCUCUCUUCCAUCUCUGCUCCUCAUUGGCAGAAGACAAGAUAACCAAGCUCCCUCACAGUUGACAAGAUGAAGCAGAGAUCUAUCUUCUACUACUUUGCUGAAGCUAAGGCCGACUCAUCCUCAAAUCCUCUUGUCUUGUGGUUGAAUGGAGUUGGGGUUGGGGCAUUUUCAGAGAAUGGGUCUUUUAGACCCAGUGGGAAAAUUCUAGUCAGAAAUGAAUUUAGUUGGAAUAGAGAAGCCAAUAUGUUGUAUUUGGAGACACCAGCAGGAGUUGGGUUCUCUUACUCCUCUAAUGACUCCUAUUAUGCUGGGGUUUAUGAUAAGAUGACUGGCAGGGACAAUCUGGUCUUUGCUUGCCACUGGCUCAAGAAAUUCCCUCAAUAUAAGUAUAGGGAUCUCUAUAUUUCUCGGGAAAGCUAUGCAGGACAAUACAUCCCUCAGCUUGCUAAUCUCAUGGUUUAA